GACUAAAAAUGGUUUGCAAGCUCUGUCUUGCCACAAGCUGUGUCAAUUCCCUAGUUUUUGAAAUCUGAUCCUCAGUGUAGCGAAGUCAUCGUAAAACGCGUUGAGCAGUGAACAAUGACGAUGCAGAGAACAUUGGGAUAUUUUUGGAGGAAAAGCUCCGUACAAUUUUUAACAUCUCCAUUUUACAGUGCGAAGAAUGCCUUGAAGAAAUCUAACGUACUUCGUCCCCAGUUUUCUGCAGUGCCGCAUUUACAAUACUCAUCAUCAAAUAUUGAAAUACCACAUCACCACUAUGAACAUGAGGAAGUUCUUACUCAUAGCUACUGCCAAGGAGCUACAUCAAAGCCUUUAAUAGGUGAGACAAUUGGUCAGAGGCUUGAUAAAGUGACAGAGUUGUAUCCAGAUAGGGAAUUUCUUGUCUGUGCUGAUGAUAACAAAAGAGCUACAUAUGCAGACUUUAGAGAAGAGGUUGAUAAACUGGCAGCUGGUUUUCUGGCAAUGGGGAUAAAAAGGGGUGACAGGGUUGGUAUGUGGGGACCAAACUGCCUGGAGUGGGUACUGAUGCAAUACGCCAUGGCCAGAGCUGGAAUUAUCAUGGUCAAUAUCAACCCUGCCUAUCGGUCAAGUGAGCUAGAGUACGCUUUGAAUAAGGUAGGCUGCAAGGCGUUGGUUAUGUUGCCCAGGUUAAAAACCUCAAACUUUUACGAUAUUCUUAAAGAGGUUGCCCCAGAUUUGGAGGUUUCAAGUCCAGAAGAGCUACAACUGGAGCGAUUUCCUGACCUGAAGCAUGUUAUCCUAAGCGAAGGUGAAGCAAUGAAAGGCACAAUGACGUUGGAAAGUGUUUUGAACUUCGGAGGUAUAGGGGAGAGGCAACAAAUUCACGAUUUGCAGAAUGUUCUUCAAUUUGAUGACCCUGUUAAUAUUCAGUUUACUUCGGGUACAACUGGAAAUCCAAAAGGAGCCACAUUAACGCAUCAUCAGCUGUUGAACAAUGCUUAUUUUACUGGAAUCAAUUUAGACUACAACCAGCCAAACACAAAAAUCUGCAUCCCUGUACCACUCUACCACUGUUUUGCUAUGGUCCUUGGAAGUUUGGCUUCGAUGUGUUUUGGUGCUACUGCUGUUUACCCGUGUCGUGGCUUUGACCCUCAUCUUACUCUAAAAGCGAUCCACAAAGAGAGGUGUACGUCGGUUUAUGGGACGCCUACAAUGUUUAUAGACAUGCUGAGCAGCCCUGAAAUGAAAAAUGUUGAUUUCAGUUCUAUGAGAACGGGCGUGAUGGCAGGAUCCCCGUGUCCAAUCGAGGUAAUGAAGCAGAUAAUAGACAGGAUGAAUUGCCGGGAAAUGACAAUUGCGUAUGGCCUAACAGAGACUAGUCCGGUGACGAAUGCAACAACUCGUGAUGAUCCUAUUGAUCUGAGAGUAUCAACUGUGGGAAGGCCAUUUCCUUGUGUAGAGGUUAAAGUCGUCAACGAGUCUGAUCAAAUUGUCCCAGUAAACACUCCAGGGGAGUUGUGCUUUCGAGGCUACCUGGUAAUGCAGGGAUAUUGGAAUGAUCCUAAAAAAACCAGAGAAGCUAUUGACGACAAAGGAUGGUUUCACUCCGGCGAUCUAGCUGUUAUGGAUGAAAACAAAUAUUGCAAAAUAAUUGGUAGAAUAAAGGAUAUGAUUAUCCGUGGUGGAGAAAACAUCUAUCCUACGGAGAUAGAGCAGUUUUUGUACAAACAUCCGAAAGUUCAAGAUAUCCAGGUUAUUGGUGUACCUGAUGAAAGAAUGGGUGAAGAAGUCUGUGCCUGGAUAAAGUUACGGCAAAAUGAGACAGCAACUGCAGAAGAGAUUAAAGAUUUUUGUAGAGGCAAGAUCUCUCAUUUUAAAAUACCAAAAUUCAUCAAGUUCGUGGAUGGAUUCCCAUUGACCAUAACAGGAAAGAUCAAAAAGUUUGAGAUGAGGAACCAAAUGUGCGAAGAAUUGUCCGGAAAAUGAUGGCUCAAAUCUUAGAUGACUCAAAUAUGCAAUUUACGUCAUUUCGGUAGCCGAAGUGUAUUGUAAAGCUUUUUAUAUUGUUCCAGAAUAUUUUAUAAACUGUUUAUGUUUGUGGUGAUUUGAAAUAGAUUUGCGUCAGUGAGAAUGCUUAAAAGAUCUAACCUUUUCAAGCAUAUGAACGAUAAUAUAAAUGUAAACAGUGUCCGUCUUUGCAUUGUAUUGUUUUGAAAACUUUGUCACCUAGGAGGUAAUUUGUCUUUAGAAUCAAUUUUUUAAACCUAAGGCAAAUAAAGAGCAACGCUAUUGCAUAUCAUUUUAUAGAAAUUCUAUCAUUACCAAAGAAAAUCUACAAUUUUCAAACUUGUCACUCUAAUAACAGGAAAAAGGCAUAGAUAGAUAUUUGUCAAAUAAAUUUCUAUUUUUCCCCAAAUUCAUUCUCAAAUGGCUUUUUACUUUGUCAUGCUGCAGUCAAAUUGACUAGAUACUAGGCCUCCUCUUAUCACAGCUCACUCUUUUAACCAUUCUGAGUUUGUAGGGGCAACAGAAAGUGAUUAAAAUCACUUCAUUUAUCUUGAUCUGGAUGUUCAAUAUUAUCUAAAGUUCAGUUUGAUUUCAGUUUGAUGGCAUAAAUAUUUUUACGUGAAAAGCUAGAGAAUGCUCUAGAUACUUUACUGUCAGAUUGAUAUUUUCGUAAUUAUGUUUGUUUCUAUGUAAUUUCCAAGUAUGAUUAACCUUUAACUCACUGUAGCAAAAGUUGUUGUCUAGUUUGGGUGUAUUGUAGCAAAUCUUCCUUGUCGUAGCAAAUAUUGUAGAAUCUCGCAAAGAGGACCCUUUAAAUCUAAGAUCAUGCACUUCUUUAUAACGCACCUUUAAAAGAGAACAAAGUGUUUAUAUACUGCUUGAUUUUA